UUCUCAUGCUGUUAUCUAUUUGCAGAGACACUUGUUCAUUCUACACUGGAGCAUUGUGAUGAUGCACACUUCACAUUUACAGUCUUUUUCAACAUGAAGGAGCAUACUGUGUAUGUAAAACAGAGGCCUCACCUCCAUACAUUCCUGGAGAAAGUGGCAGAGAUGUUUGAAGUUGUUAUCUUCACAGCUAGUCAGAGCAUUUAUGCUGCACAGCUUUUGGAUAUACUGGAUCCAGAUGGAAAGUUCAUAUCUCGGCGAGUUUAUCGUGAAUCAUGCAUUUUCUCAGAUGGCAGCUACACUAAAGAUUUGACAGUUUUAGGUGUUGAUCUUGCAAAAGUUGCUAUAAUUGAUAAUUCUCCACAGGUAUUCAGGUUGCAAGUUAAUAAUGGAAUUCCUAUUAAGAGUUGGUUUGAUGAUCCAUCAGAUAAUGCACUAAUUUCCUUACUUCCUUUCUUAGAGACUCUGGUUGAUGCUGAUGAUGUCCGUCCCAUCAUUGCAAAGAGAUUUGGUAACAAGGAAUAAGAGACCCUUGUUUUUCCUCCAUAGCUUGAAUUAGCUCCUUCUUCCUCCUUUUACAUUUAAGCAAAAUUGGCCUCUAAUUUAGAUGCGCAGUUUUCUUUAUCUUAAAUCUCUAAGAUAAUUAACUAUCAAAUAAACUGCAAUAGUCCUAUUUUGAGUCAGCCCUUUGUGUUUGUGCUCUUUCCUUUCUCUUCUCAGCUGACAACCUUGUGGAGUGCUCUUAUCUGAUUUUUUUUUUUUCCUGAAAGGUAGUCAUAGAGAAUGUCACAGUUUAUUCUUACUGUACAGUUGGAGUUGCAAUACUUGAGGGGGUGUAUAUGAAUUAUUAUCUUGUGAAAUAUAAAAUUCAGACUCUUAGUUGCCUUUGUA